AUGGCCGUAACACUGGCCCUCCGAGCAGCACGCCUCCGUGGAGUCGCUGUGGAUUUGCAGCUGGAUCCACGCACGAUGGACCUCCUGCAGCCAGCAGGGUUUUGUCUUGCCGUGGUGGAAAUCCUACGACUGCGACCCGGGUCACUGGUGGUGAUAGCUUUGGAUUGCCGCUCUUUCAGCUCAAUGUCAAGAUGGAGCUCUGGGCGCUCCCUCAUCAAGCUUUGGGGUUACAAGGACCGGGAGUUCGUGGCUUCGGGUAACAAGCUAUCUUCGAGGGUGGCCCUCUUGAUCUACCUGUGCCAAUGGCGAAGCCUUCGGUGGUUACUCGAGCAACCGGAUGGGUCAAUGCUACCCCAUCUACCCCGCUUUCAAAAGCUCUGGAAACAGUUUGAUGUCUACCAUUCUUACUUUUGGAUGGGGAAGUUCAAUGGGCCGACACCCAAGCGCCACCGCAUCUGGUCAAACUGCUUCAGUUUGGUCGAUGGAAUACAACAAAGAGCAGGCCACAUGCUUAAGUCGGAGAUGGAGCGAUUGACCAAGCGGCUUGUGAACAGAUAUGAAGAUAAGUUGGGCACGAAAAGGUUUACGGGGAAACGAAAGGAACUUCGGGAAAGCCAGAUCCUUGGCUGA